AGAACACUUUUACUCUAAUGGGGAGAAUUAUGCUUUUAAAUAUCAUUGAUGUGUUUGACACGUUUGAGUAUAUAACUAUAUACUUUUGUAGCUUAGAAAAACAACUAUAUAGAGAAUUUAAACACUACGUUCAGCCUUCAGUUGCAGUAAACUGACGAUAUUAUCACAAUAAGUCUGUGAACGAAUAGUGAAAAGCAGUAAAGUGUGAACUAUAAAAUUAUAAAAUCCAAAUUAAGUAUUUGAGAUUAUGAGUGACAACAAUGAUAAUAAUUGUGAAGAAAUAAAAUUUAAACCCAAAAAGAAGAAAAAUAUAAGGCAACGAUUUAAAGAUGAAGAUGACGAAGAGGAUGAGCAACAGAUUCUUUGGAAGAUAGAAGAAACCAAGGAACUGCAGAAACUACGAGAACGACCAAAUGGUGUUAGUAUUAUUGCACUAGCAACGGGACAAAAAGUUAGUUUAGAAGAUGAAAUAACAUGUAAAGACCCAUUUAAAGUGAAAUCUGGUGGUUUAGUUAAUAUGCAAGCUUUAAAAAGUGGUAAGAUAAAGCAAGUAGAAGAUGCAUAUGAUACUGGGAUAGGCACUCAGUUUUCGGCCGAAACUAAUAAAAGGGAUGAAGAUGAAGAGAUGAUGAAAUAUAUUGAAGAAAAACUAGCUAAGAAAAAAGAGGGUCACAACCAGGAUAAAAGAGAGACUGAUGAAAUGGACACACUCAAAUAUCUUUCACCAGAAGAAGCUGCCUUACUUUCCCUCCCAGAACAUCUAAGGGUUUCUUCAACACAUAAGUCAGAAGAGAUGUUAUCAAAUCAGAUGCUUAGCGGAAUACCUGAGGUUGACCUUGGUAUUGAGGCAAAAAUUAAAAAUAUAGAAGCAACUGAGGAAGCUAAAAUGAAACUCAUGUGGGAGAGGCAAAAUAAAAAAGAUGGUCCUUCACAAUUUGUACCCACCAACAUGGCUGUUAAUUUUGUGCAGCACAAUAGGUUUAAUUUAGAAAAUAAUGCUAAGAAGAGGAAAGCUGUUCAUGAAACUGUUAAAGUUGAAAAAAGUGUAAUAAGUCAGAGUGUUGAUAAAAUAGUGGAGAAGGCUAAAGGGGAGAGGGCGACAGAUGACUACCACUAUGAAAAGUUUAGAAAGCAAUUUAGAAAAUAUUAGAUAUAAUAUUAACAAAUAAACUGAUUUCUGUGAAUGACAAUAAUUGGUGGAAUCUAUUCUUUCUUAUUACUUUAAACAUAAUAUUUUUGUAAAAGGUCUAGUGAAAGUGUUUAUUUGGCAUACUAUUUUACACAUGUAAAGUGAAAAAUAUGAGAUUGAAAUAAAGAGGUUUUGUCAGAA